ACUAGUGGACUCUGAUAAUGCAACACAACACAUUCAAAUGUUUGGUAAAGUAAUUGAAAAAAAGUGCAAUAAAUUUCCCCAAAAUUUUUUUCAAGCUGAGGUCAAGUGUGGAGGACUGAAUCUCCAUUUUCCAAGGCAGUGCCAGUGUUUCUGCAGCAUAGAGUAGUACAGAAAUUAAAUACCCAUGGUCUCUAUAUCCAGAACAGUUGCAAACUACAUGGAACUAGUAUGAUUUCUAAGACAACUGUACUUGACUGUGUAAUCCCAUUGUAUAUCAAGAAACAGAAUUUGAAAGGUGAUUCUUUAGAACCUGAAGUUAUAAUAAUGGCAGAGACAAGAAAGAAACCAUCAUGCAAAAUUGGUCCAUCUAUCUUGAAUGCCGAUUUAUCUAAUUUGCACGAGUCAUGUAUCAAGAUGUUAGAAAGUGGUGCAGAUUAUCUUCAUUUAGAUGUUAUGGAUGGGCAUUUUGUGCCAAAUUUAACAUUUGGACAUCCUUUGGUCAAAUGUUUACGUCCAAAGGUUCCAGAGGCUUUCUUUGACAUGCAUAUGAUGGUAGCAAAUCCAGAAAAGUGGGUGGAUCCAAUGGCUGAUGCUGGUGCUGAUCAGUAUACUUUCCAUAUUGAGGCAACAGAUGAUGCAAAGGCUUUGAUACGCCAAAUCAAAGAAGCUGGUAUGAAGGUUGGCAUAGGUGUUAAGCCUGGGACUCCCAUUGAAGUUGUUGUGCCUUAUGCUGAUGAAGCAGAUAUGAUUCUAAUCAUGACUGUAGAGCCUGGCUUUGGUGGUCAGAAGUUCAUGGGGGAUAUGAUGCCUAAAGUUGAGUAUAUCCGCUCAAAGUUUCCAGAUAUGGACAUAGAAGUUGAUGGUGGUGUUGGACCCAGUACUAUUGAUGCAUGUGCUCAGUUUGGUUAGCAACGUAACUGAGGAAGAGAGCUACCAUUGAUACCCCAGUAAACAAAGACCACAGUAGGCUCCUGGGGCAUGAAGUGUAUGACAAGUGGUGAAUCCAUAGACCCAGAAGCUAUGAGGAGUGUAACGAAAUAACUGAAACUCAAUUAUGACAAGAAAGAAGUGAAUUUCUAAGAUAAAACCAAGGAAGAAGCACACUUAGUGCUGCUGGAAGGCAUAGAAGUAGCAACCUGGGACAAUCUACAGAUGGUUGAGUAACCAAAUACACAAUCAGGAUGUGGCUGACGAUAAAUCCCCAUGUAAUGACUGGAUGAACAUGCAUAGUUUAAAAGUAGUGCCAAGGGAAAAAGGCAUCAGCCUGUAAAUCCUAUUAAUGUUCAAAUUCCUUUUAAAAAGCAGAAAAGUUGCUAAAGCUUAAAUUCCAUGUUUUGACAUACACUACAGCAUCUGCUUCCUCAGUGGCACCAUGCCACUGCAUUGUCUUCAGUAGUGCCCUAACACACUGAGAAACCCAAGUCUGGGCAAGAUAUCUCUGCAGAGAGAGUAUGAAACCAUUCACACAACAGCACACAGUACAACCAUAGACCAGUGGGCCUGGAAGGAGCCCAGUCAAAUAAAGCUUUCAUAGAUAGGGAGAGGGCAAACCUUAACAUCCACGCAAUCUCCUGAAACAAAGUAUGGAAAUAAGAAGUAACUAUUCAGUGCUCUAAGUGUCAACAAAACUUACAGACAUCAUGAUCCUAAAGUUCUAGUAGAAAGCACAAAGACCCAAAUUUGUUAAAGACCACAUUACCAUCCCAAUAUAUUAAACGAAAGAACAGGUGAUGUGGAGAGGAUCAUUGCAAAGGGAGUCAUAGUGAAAACUCCAAACAAGUAAAUGGAGGACUUAGGGUAACAGGCAGACCUGAGAAAACCACCAAAAGGCAGACCUGAGAAAACCACCAAAGACAUGGCGGUACUACCAAGAAUCAGGUGUUAGCACAACUUGUUGAUACCAGAGGAGAGAACCUUAAAAGCGUCCAGAUGAAGAUCAGGAAAUAUGGAGGUACAAGAUACAACACAGCUGGGGAUUAGGCAGCAGUCACAAGACCACAGGAGACUGAGGAGCCCUCUGCUUGAUUCACAGAACUUCUUGGCAAGGGAAAAGGUGGCAGACACAUUACUGUAAUACAGUGUGGAACUGCUAACUAGGACAUAGGCAGAAAUGGAAAAUGAGGAUCAAGGACAUCGAUAUGACUAACUGGAGGGCACCAGAGGACAUUUAAAGAGUAAUGUAAAAAAUAAUGUCGUGCCUGACUAAGCAAGAAGCAUUAAGAUCUCCUGAGGGUUGCUAGAAUCCAAAGCAGGGUAACUGAGAACAGUGAAGCUUGAGACCAUGAGGUAGGUGAGGGUAUGCAGAAAGUCAAGAUGCAGGACACACCAAAGUGAAUAGGCAGGUUUUGAAGAGACAAGAAUGGGGUCAAAAGAACACCUCUUAGGAUGACCUAGUUUACUGCCAACAUCAUAGGGUGCAGCUGAAGGAGUGAUAAAAUAUGGAAUCAAGGGUGCAGCUGAAGGAAUGACAAAAUAUAGAAUCAUGACAAACUUGAUAUUAUCAGAGUUCCAAAGCGAGAAGAAUCGACUCAGUGAAUUGAACAGGAGCAGAACCCAGAAUGUUAAAAUCUAUUAUAAGUUUUUUCAUGUUUCACUUUCUGACAGAGUUAAGAGAACAAAAAGGAUAAAACAACAAGUAGACUUUGGAUGCAACACUUUUAAUGCAGUUGGUGCCUCGAACGAGUGAAAGAUGUUAGUUUGUUUGUUUGUAU